AUGGUCACACAAGGCGUCCUCGGCUUGGGACUUCUCAUUGUUGGUCUAAUUCUGGCCACAGACGCCUGGCUGUUAUCCGAAUCUGGGUUAAACGAAUCCAGCUACAAAGUCCGUCAUCUAUCAAUGCACUUUUCGCGGGUGUUUCUCAGCGUAAACGUCGAAAGCAACGAUGCGCCCACUUUUAUCGAGGCGCAAUGGCCGGUUUCCUAUUUUCCCAUGCCCACUGUCGUCUUUCCCCACAUCGAUGUUCAUUCCAUGGGGGAUCAUGAUGAUUGCUCGCUGGUACAGCAGGCCCACUGGUCCCAGGUGGAUGCACUGAGUCGGUUGUGGGUUAUGGACAUCGGAUUUCCCGGCAGCACGUGCUCACCCCGUUUGUUUGUCUUCGAUCUGAUGCGUAACAACGCGGAGCUAUUGAGAAUCGAUUGUGGCCACCAUAUAGGAGCUAAUGACACCCACUUUCUGACUGUCCAAAUGGGACCCAAGGGUCCGGGAUGCGAGCACGAGCGCCACAUUUACUUCAUCCUGGGAAGGGUGCCAGAAAUUCUAGCCUACGACAUCCUGGAGCAGACGUGGCAACGCCUAUCCUUGGAGAGCAAUAAGUACGAGAAUAUGAACCAAUCGUUUCCCAUCAAGCCAGUGGACUUCACCUUCGGUAUUCAAGGGGAACUCAUACUCUCCGACCAGGAUGGUGAUCUAUACAGUACGGUGGACAGACUGGAAAUUGAAGGCAAAAGCGAAUUAGCAAGCAAACCAAUAAACAAUAGCAUUACACUCACACAUUUGGGCAGUCUUCUGGGCAGCAGUCGCAGCAUGAUCGUCGACAAUUUCGGAACCUUGUACUAUGUUAUCCCCAAAUUCGGAGCUGUCGUACGAUGUGCCAAACUAGACAACAUCACAGCCGAGGGCAACGAGAUCAUAUAUCUCACAUCGAAGAACAUUCAGCAGAUUUUCUUCACCUCCAAUGAUGCAUUAUGGGUCCUAAGUGAUCGGGUCUUGAAUGCAAAGGACAUGUGCUUUCCUAGCUUGUAA